AAAUGGAAUCUGGAUUUCAAGAGAGACGGUCGCGUGCGGGUGCUGAGAUAGAAAAAAACAAUUAAAAUUACAAUUAAAAAAAAAACAAAAACAACAAACUAAUAAAUAAAUAAAUAAGUAAAUAAAUAAAUAGAUAGAAAGAAGUCCUCUGCUGAGAGAAUAAGCUGUAAAUUCACAACAUCGACGGCUUUAUUGAAGAAUGCCGAAGUCCAAAGAGAUCGUUACCAGCAGCUCUGGAAGCAGCAGCAGUUCAGACAGUGAAGAAAACGAGAAGUGCUCUCCUCUUGCUCCGCAGGUGCAGGAGGAGGAAGAGGAAGAGGAGGAGAGGAAGAGGAAGGCGCCGGCGGCUCAGCCGCCGGCUGUGAAGAAGAGGAAGAGCGGGGAGAGCAGCUCGCGGUCGAACCCUGCCCCCCCGAGACAAGGGAAGGAGGAGGACAUGUUCCAGAUCGGUAAGCUGAGAUACGUGCGGGUGUCCAGGUUCAGGGCGAAAGUCCUGAUUGAUCUCCGGGAGUUCUACUCGGAUAACGAAGGGAACACCAAGCCAGGGAGGAAAGGCAUCGCGUUGAACCUGGAGCAGUGGACCCAACUCAAAACGCUGGUCCCCGAGAUCGACGCUGCCAUAUUCAAAUAUUAAAGCAAUGUGUUUGUUUUGCGUUUAAAUUUUUUUAUUUUUUUUGUUAAGCUCCCACACGAGCAGGUUUUUUUGUUUUUUUUGUUUUUUUUGUUUCCUCUCCAGGUGUUACAUACCCUCCACGAUCACUGAUGCGUGCAAAGCAAGUCCUUUAUGAACCCUUCUGUAAAUAGGGAAGUGUGAUGCUCAGGUUCUCUGUGUUACUCAAAUAAAGAAGUGAAACCCC